AGGCGGAAGUGAAGAAGUGAGUUAGUGACUGUAAUGAACUGGACCCACCGGACCGGACCGGACCGGUACUGCUGCUAGUAGCUCUCUGCUGACCACUACGCUCCUUGUUGUUGUUUUGUUUUCGCGUUGAACAAUCUUUACUCUCGUGUCCAACAUGUCUAAAACUACCAUUUCCGACCGGUUUAGAAAAGUCGACGUAGAUGAAUACGACGAGAACAAGUUUGUGGACGAAGAAGACGGAGCAGAGAACCAGGGAGGUCCGGACGAAGCGGAAGUAGAAGCUCUGCUCAGACAGGGGAACAUGAAUGAUGCUCUCCACGCCGUGCUCAAGAAUCCUCCAAUCAACAAGAACCACAGCGCCAAGGAGCGAGUGGAGCAGCUUGUGGUCACUGUGCUGAGCAGUUUUAAGAGCAGUGACAUAGAGAAGGCGGUGGGCUCGCUGGACAAAGCUGGAGUGGACCUGCUGAUGAAAUACAUCUACAGAGGCUUCGAGAGCCCGUCUGACAACAGCAGCGCUGUGCUGCUGCAGUGGCACGAAAAGGCUCUGGCAGUGGGAGGUGUGGGCUCUAUAGUUCGAGUUCUGACUGCCAGGAAGACCGUGUGAUCCUCCCAGAACCCACAGAGUCCAUCUGUGAGCCGACGUUAGACAGUAAUGUGGCCGAACACUACAACACCGGAGCUGACUGCAGCUUCCUGUGUUUGGACUUGAUUCCCGUUUCUUUUUCUACUGAAGAUGAGCGCCCUCCUCGUGCACUUCUUCCAUCUGGUUUCUUUUUCUGCAUUCACUAUUUUCAGUCCCACCUCUGGAACCUGACGUGCUGUCAGUCAGUCAGUCAGGCAGGCAGGCAGGGAGGUGUGUAUGUGUGUGUGUGUGUGUGUGUGUGUGUGUGUGUGUGUGAGAGAAUACCUUUCUAACUGCCUCAGUGCUGCUCUGAAGCCUCUCCAGGCCGAGGAGUGGAACAGAUAGUUCUCAGAUGGAGCGCCACAGACCGGUCACCUGUCCACGGUGUUUCCCUGCCUUUUACCCAGUGCAUGCUGGGAUUGGACUUAUUUUUUUUUUUUUCCUUAUCAUUCUAACUUUGUGAACAUCUUUGUUUGUUGACCAUUUUUUUCUACUUCCACCACAUCGUUGUGUGUAGCCUGGCUUUCAGGUUCUACUGUUUUUAUAUCUGAAAAAAUAAGCAACAAAAUAAAGAACUACAGCUGGA